AUGGCCCAGCGUCUGACACACCAUCGUGGCAGGCUUUCCUACAAUACCGCCUCCAACAAAACUGGACUGUCCCGGACCCCUGGUAACAGAACUGUUUACCUUUAUACCAAGAAGGUUGGGAAAGCACUGAAAUCUGCAUGUAGUGUGUGUCCAGGCAGACUUCCAGUGGUUCAUGUUGUGAGACCUCAAGUUCUUAUGAGGUUGCCUACAAUGAAAAAAACAUGUUAUGGCGGCUCCAUGUGUGCUAACUGUGUCUGUGACAGGGUCAAGCGUGCUUUCCUUACUGAGGAGCAGGCAGUCAUUGUGAAAGCAUUGACGGCACAAGCACAGAGUCCGAAAGCUAAAUUUAAAAAUAAAGCUCAUGUCUGUCUUUUGCCCUCCUGCCUCAUGGAGUGUCCAGUCCAUAAUGGCUCACAGUACAGCAAACCACAACCAGCCCAUCCGGCCAGCCAUUCUCUGGGACUCCUCAUCUCUCACCAUGGAGCUCGAUACCCUGAGAGCUUCCUCUACACUCUCAGGAGACCAUCCACUUGGUCCCAUGUUUCCAGUGGAUCCCAAGUCCACAGGAAUGCUGCCACCAGGUACCACAUGCUUGAGGGCAGCCACAUCUCCAUCCCCUCCCAAAGGGCCUGUGCUCCCUUACAUGCUCAUCCUGCCAAAACUACACCAAUUGUUGGGCUGGAUCACAGAUCCUCUACCUGGUCCUGUGCAGGUCCUGAGUCACGUCGUAGAAAGAAAUACCGAGUAGCUGCCAGCAAAGUGGACAUCCUUUAUUCUUCAGAUGCAGGCUGCGCUGACCAGCGGUUCACAGCCACCGCUGCCUUCAAUACCAAAGUGAAGUACACAAUAGUGGCAACGAGCCAAGGGGUACGUGGGCGCACAUGA